AUGUCAUCCCCCAGACUCAUUCCCUUGUGGAAAGAUUUUAAAUACCUCAUAAAUGGCAUCCUACAGAAAAGCAAGCAAACCUUAGAUGGUCCAAAGAGUGACGUAGUUGUGCUGAGUGAUCGGUCCCAGACACUGUUCAAAGAGUCUUGCCAUCCUCACAAUAUGCCGUUUGUAUGCUAUUACUUCAGUGAUGCCAACUUCUUUGCCUCCCUCUCGUGGGUGACGCCAAGCACAAAAGAUACACAGGCUGUAGUAUGGAUGAAAAGCAAAACUGAGGACGUGGUCGAGAAGAGAACAUUCUCCAUGAUGGAACAACUGCCACCCAUCCAGUCCAUGGUUCACACAGGUUCCUUUCAUAUCCUCGUGGCUUACUGUGGUGACCUGCUCCUGCGGCUCUUUGGGGACCACUUUCGGUCAUUCAAACCCUUGGGUAUAGUGCCCUGCCGCUUUAACAUCAACUGCCUGUGCUAUGACCCGGAAACGAAGAUGCUUCUUUCGGGCAUCCUGGGGGCAGUGGUCACUUGGAUCAUUGAGCUGAGUGGCAAGGGCCUCCAAAUAGCCUACGUGAUUCCCAUGCCUGGUGAUGAGCUUGUCCAGGACAUCGUGUUGAAUGGUCCCAGUGGCACCCUCCUGGCCCUUUGUGAGACUGUGGUGAGGGUCCUGGAGCGUCAGGGCCCAGGCCAGCUGGGAGAGGUGAAGAAGUUCACUUCUACCACCAGUGGCUCCUCUAUCAGCUCCUGCUUCACCUGUUUUGAUCAGGACUUUCUCUAUGCUGGAAACAAGACUGGGGAAGUCCAAGUAUGGAGCCUUACCCAGGGCCACUCUCUCCACAGUUUCAAGGCCCAUUCCUCCUCAGUGGUGUGUAUCCGCAGCUGGCCAGAAGCCCACACCCUGCUAACAGCUGGCAGGGAAGGCUUAAUCAAGGAGUGGAGCCUUGCUUCAGGGAACCUGCUGCGGCAGCUAGAACUUGGUGAGGAACUGUACCGACUCCAGUUUAUCGAUAGCAGUACUUUCUUCUGCCAGACUACCCAUACUUUCUCCUUGAGCUCUCUUCCCUGCUUCUAUAGCCUCUUCAAUGUCUGUGGCUCUGCCCCCCAACAGGUGCGAAGGGUCUGCUGUGGUUAUAACUGGUUCCGGAUCCUGUGUACAACUGAAGAUGGCUUGUUACGCUUUGUGUCCCCAGUAACAGGGAAUCUUCUGGUUCUCACCUGGCCCUUCUCAAUCCUGGACCAGGCUGUGGAUUGGGCCUAUGACCCAGAUAAAGAGGAGCUGUUUGUAGCAACAGGCAGCACAGAAGUGCUGGUAUUUGACACAACGCGCUCCCCUUGCCCAGCCAAGUAUCUUUUAUGCACCUCACUGAAUUCUUAUGACCGGGUACAAUGCCUGGCUUAUGGGCAUUUCCGCCUGGGUCGGGGUCUACAAGGACUAGUGUUCUCUGGACACCAGACUGGUGUGAUAAAAGUGCUCUCCCAGCAUAGCUGUGCCCAAAUAGAGAGAUUCAUGCACUUUGGGGCUGUACUGGCACUCUCUACAUUGCCUCCAGAGAUUUUUGGUGGCCGAGAAAACUCUUUGCUCUGUUCCUAUGGAAUGGAUAACUACAUACACCUAUCAGAAGCUGUGCUUGAGGGGAUCAGAGUAUAUCUGCAGCCCCUUGCCAGCAUUCUCAGUAGCUGUCAACUAAAACACCUGAUACUCUUGCCCAAGUCUGUGGGUGCCAUCACGGACACUAACUGCCUGCGUCUCUGGAAGUUCCAUGAUUUUCUGUCCUCUGGGUCACAGAAAGGCUCCAAGUUCAUAGAGACACUGCCUCUGCACCAGUGCACCAUCACAUCCUUUGAUGUCUGCCUGUCCUUGAGUCUUUUUGUCACAGGUGGUAUUGAUGGCUCUGUGCGGAUCUGGAACUUCCAUGGUAGACUUGUAGCCAUGCUGGACUCACCAUUGCACUUUGGCCCACUCUGCUUUGCAAAUGACCGGGGUGACCUGCUUGUGGCUUUCAACCAGAGUCUUUAUCUGGUGUCCUGUCUAAAACUGCUUCCCCGCACCCUGCUGGUUCACCUUUCCUUUAUGAGCAUGACAGAUGACAUGCUGGAAAUCCCUAAGCCUUUCAUACCAAGCUUCUUCUUCUCCUUUGAGACCAUGUUUGUGCCCAAGUAUGUCUAUCUUGGACACAAGAAGGAAUUAGUGCACUUGGAAAGCCUUGUCAAUAGGCGGGCCAUUGCCUUUGACCAUACUGUGCCACAUGUCAUAGAAGAAGAUGAGGAAGGAAGCCCCGUGUUACUGUCGACCUACAGACAGGAGUCCUUGUAUAAGGAGGAAACUGAUAGCAUGCAGGAGAGCAAACCUCAUCAUACCCAUUAUGUGGUUCCUCCCCAACUACAGCUGACUACAUGGGAUGGACUCAAUCCCUGUAAAAUACUGCAAGGCUACUUUGGUCAUGGGCAGAAAUGGCUGUUAGCGCCUGAUUGCUACAUCCCCAACUCAGUGAUCCGUGCCCGUCUUUUUCCAGAGGGCAGCCCGAUAUACCUGCAAUGCAACCUGCACUCAUCUAUGCGGGAACUGGAAUGGGACAAGUCUCGGCAAUUCUUCUUCUGGCAUGCUGGGGUAAAAGCAAUAAGUAAUGUGGGAGAAUAUCCACCAGAAAAGGAGGAUGAAGACUUCAUAGAAAUGAGAAUGAGCAAGGAUGUAACCUACAGUGUCCUUACAGACCCAACAAACCACAGCUGGCUGGGAAGAAAGAUGAGUGAAAUAGCUGUCAGUAGCCUGAUUGAGACAGUCCUCAACAUUAUGAUCCAUGCCUCUCCACUGAAGUACCAGUGCUGUAUUGGUGCACUAGGGCAAAUCUUUGCCUCUUACCAGGUGUCUCCGUCUCUGCACUCUGAAACAGCCCAUCGUCUGCUGGAUGGUACAACCAAUUCCAAUCCACAGAUCCGAGAGCUAGCCUGGGAUGGGCUGAAGCGGCUAGGAAUGGUUACUCAUCUCUUUGCCAUACCUCUGUCCCAAGGACUGAUGGACAAGGACCAGAGAGUGAGAGAGAAGGCCUGGAGCCUCAUGCCUGACACUGGGAUUCACACUAAGACCUCACUCUUAAGUUUGAUCCAGAACCGAGAGACUUUCCGAGAAAUGCGGCAGGAAAUGGUUGGGGAUGAACCCCUGGACCAUCUGCUGGGGAUGCGGGCCACAGAUCUCCAGAUCCUUUCUACUCAAGUGGAGCAGCGGUUGAGUGAAAACCUGACUUUGUCACAUGAAUAUGAAAAGCCUGCUUUUUCUUUGGAUGUCUCAAGGGCUUCUCAACAUAGGUCUUUUCCUGUGCAACCUGAUACAGUUCUUGAAAAACCCAAAGUUGCCAUCAAGCCCAGCAAAGGCCAAAGACGGGGCCGAACAGCAGGCACAAAGCCUACCGCCCGAAAAUGGUUGCGGGGCUUCAAGAAGAUAGAGACUGGCAUAGAGCCAGGCCUUUUAGAGGGUGUAUGUGACCAGGGUGCAGCUGAACCAGUUGAGGUGGAGGAUACAGACAUAGAUUCCAGAAGGUCUUCAGUUGCCACUAUACUGAAGAUUUCAAAAGAUGCUGAACAAUCUCCAGAGAAAGAUGCCUCAAAGGAUCAUGUUGCAAUGGCCUUGAAGAUGCUACAGGAAAUACGUGAGAAAAAAGGCAAGAAAACAACAGUUCGGAAACCCAUAAAGAGGCGCAAGAAGACCAAAAAAGCUGAAGUUAUUGAGGAACAUCUGCCUCCUGUAAAGGAAGAACUAGUUGUGAGGAAGGUGAAAGCCGGAGGGCAGGGUGCCCAUGGGGUGCCUGGCCUCAGGACCACCCCUGGAGAUGGCUCCUCAUGGCGGGAUGAUCUGUGUCGUCUCAUGGCCCUGAGGAUAUCUAGCUCCCAAACAAAAAUGUCAGAAGAUCUAAACACUGAGCUAGUGACUGUGGCUCAGGAGGUGCUGGCAGAUCAGCACCCCAGCUGGGAGCUCUUUCAGGAGAAGAAGAAGUUUGAAGGGCAGGAGGAAGGCAUGAGUGAGGGAGAGCCGGAACGUCUGGGUGAGAAUGAGGAGGAGGCUGAGGGGAGAAGCUCACUGGAGGAAGAGGCAGCCAAGAAAAAAACACUCUCAGAAAAAGAAACACCAGAGUUUCAAGAAGAGAGAAGAAAGGAUCUAGGAGGAAGACAAACUGUCUCUUCUAUUGGAAAAAGAAUCCCCGAGAUCAAAGGCAGUGCUACGAAAUCGGGAGUUCCAAAAAUCCCUUCCAAGAGACUGACCUCAAUAGCUCUGAAGAAGGAAGAGAAGAUGCCAGAGCCAGUGUCUAUGAAACAAGUAUCUGGGAAAGAUAAGGCCAUGGUGCUUGAGAUGCCCAGUAUAGUCCCAGGGACAAGGUUUAUGGGUGAACAAGAACUGCUGAAGGGCCAUAAGCCCAUAUCUCCACAAGUUUGGGAUACAAUUUUGGAGUCCCAAGAGCUGGACUUAGAGACCCCGUAUUUAUCCCACAUGUUGAGGAAGACCAUGGAAGCUCUGAAACUCCAAGGCAAACCACGAGGGGCCAAGUGGCAGCAGCUCUUGCAGCAUCAUACAUCUCUGAUGGGCCAGACCAAGAGAAAAUCACCUGUGCCUGAAACCUUGGCUAAGGAAAUAUAUGCAGAAGUAAGCCUCUCAGAUGUAGACUGGAUCCACCAUGUCCUAGAAUGGAUGGAAGCAGGAGAACAGCUUUCCAGGGAUAGUUUCCACAGAUUGUGCCAGCUUCUCAAAGACUUCACCUCAAAGGGAAACAUAGAGUGGCUACGUCUGGCCCAACUUGAAGCUGUUGUGCACCAUCACAGGCAGAUCCUGGAGUCACAGAGUACACGUAUCUCAAGACCCAGUAAGGAGCCCAUGGGUCUAAAUUACGUGAAAGCGAUCCCUCCUAUAAAAGGAAAGGAAAAGGAAAGCUGGCUCAGAUCUUGGGCUGUCCCCAUACCAAAGUCCCCAUUAUCUACCAAAGGGAUUCCAGACUCAAAGGCUCUAAACUUGCAUCUUCUAGGAGGGCCUUACAAGAGUGCACGGGCAGAGCAGAUAUCCACUGCUCUCAAGGAGAUGGAUAGACAGUACUUUUAUCCUGCCACAGGAGACAUUUUCACAGAUGCCCAUGACUCUGUAGAAAAACAAACCCUAACUCCGAUGUUUCAGAAAGAUCAUGGGGCUUUUACAGGUAAGGGCAGGUUUCCCAAGUUGCCCAAGUUGGUGAAAAAGGCACAGUCCAUCUCUAAGAAGGAGGUGCUUCCAUGGGAGACAUUUGUAGCAGUGUACCAUGUUCUGCGGGUGUUGCGGGAGCAACAUGCAAAAGACAGUGCUGCUUGGAUGGAACAGUUCUACCAGCUCAUGGACCUGUACCAACUUAAGUCACCCCAAAUCCAGAGACUGCUACAGGAGCUGCUAGUGAGAGAGGAACCCCAAUCCCAUGAGAUCACCUACAGAGAGGCCCUAAAGACCAUGGAGCUGGCUCCUGGGGAACGGUUGUUCUACCACUUGCUCUGUGGUAGCUCUUACAUUCCUAGAGGUCCUCUGGAGUUCCAGGAGGUGGUGCCCAUCCCAGGGCAGAACAAUGUGCGUACCAUACUUCCUAUAGGUAUUGCCCGUUAUGGAAUUUUAGAACUUGCCUGGAAGAGCUUGCCUGAAGCUGAUAUUCACCUCACCAAAGAACUGCCCCACAUCAUUGCCCCAACCCCUUAA